AUGGACAGCAGGGCGCGGAGCUCUUCCAGAGAGGCCCACGGGCGAGGUGGCAGAUCCUCUUCUAGGGAGGACAAGAGGGCGAAGGCCGGGAGGGGCAGCGGAGGUCGCACGCACCCGGAUGCUGGGCGGAGCGCCGGGCGGACCGGGACCCGGGGAGAACCCCGAGUCCCCGCCGCCACCACCGCCACCACCGCCACCGCCGCCACCGCCACCGCCACCGCCACCAUAGUGGACGUGGACGAGGUUCGGGGAUCCGGUGAGGAGGGCACCGAAGUGGUGGUGCUGCUGGAGAGCGAGCGACCAGAGGAAGGUAUCAAGCCCUCUGGGUUCGGGGCCUGUGAGUGGCUGCUUGUCCUCGCCUCCCUGUUCUUCAUCACCCUAACUUUCCCUUUCUCCAUCUGGUUCUGCAUAAAGGUUGUACAAGAGUAUGAAAGGGUAAUUAUAUUCCGACUGGGACAUCUGCUCGCUGGAAGAGCUAAAGGCCCUGGCCUGUUCUUUUAUUUGCCAUGCCUGGACACCUACCACAAGGUUGACCUCCGUCUCCAGACCUUGGAGAUACCUUUUCAUGAGGUGGUAACCAAAGACAUGUUCAUAAUGGAGCUAGACGCCGUCUGCUACUACCGCAUGGAAAACGCCUCCCUCCUCCUGAGCAGUCUCGCUCAUGUGCCCAAAGCCAUCCAGUUCCUGGUGCAAACCACCAUGAAGCGCCUCUUGGCACAUCGGACCCUCACCGAAAUUCUCCUGGAGAGGAAGAGCAUUGCCCAAGAUGUAAAGGUUGCCUUGGAUUCAGUGACCUGUAUUUGGGGCAUCAAAGUAGAAAGAACUGAAAUUAAGGAUGUGAGGCUGCCAGCUGGUCUUCAGCACUCUCUGGCUGUGGAAGCUGAGGCUCAAAGACAGGCCAAAGUGCGGAUGAUUGCUGCAGAAGGGGAAAGGGCUGCUUCGGAAUCCCUGAGGAUGGCGGCCGAGAUUCUGUCAGGCACCCCAGCUGCUGCUCAGCUUCGAUACCUGCACACUCUGCAGUCACUGUCCACAGAGAAGCCAUCCACUGUGGUUCUGCCUUUACCGUUUGACAUGCUAAACCUCCUGUCUUCCCCCAGCAACAGAACACAAGGGAGCAUCAACUACCCAAGUUCUUCCAGACCUGUUGAACCACUAAACCCCAAAAAGAAGGACUCUCCUAUGUUAUAGGGGUGAAUGGGCAAAACACAAUGUGAAUCUGCCAUAGAAAACCAAAUCCCCGAGUGAGGCAUUCAGUCCUUCCUGCCCUUGUUUGGUGGGCAAAUAGAAGGCAUUUCGUGUGUGUCACAAGAUGGCCACGUGGAUGAGAGCACAGUGAAAUGGCAGUGGCUCAGAAGGCAUCUAGCUCGUCGUCGUAAUUACAGGAAAGAGACGUAGACUUUUGACUGUCUGUUUGGUUCAAGUUUGAUCUCUGAAGACCUAGUUCAGAUAUCUUCCCCUGCGUCUUACCUGUCCUGUCACAGGCUCUCUGCAGACCCCAC